UCUCUCUCUCUCACUCUCACUCUGUCUCUCCCUUCUUCAGGGAUCACCAAGCUUGGUUUUCCCGCUCUCCCUUUUACUGCGUCUAUUUCUCUGUGAACAUGAUUAAUUUUUUUAAUUCUUGACUUCCUUUCAGUUUAAGACUGUAGUUUAGGAUUAGAUAUUAUAAUAACCAGUGACUGCCAGCGGAUCGGGUCUUUUUUAAAACUGAAAUAGAUACAGAGGAAGAAGGAAGAGGAGGAGGAGGAAGAGGUGAAACACCUGUCUCAUGCACAUUGUUUGCUCUGUGGCUUUUCUCCGGCACCGGAGCAGGACACAGCUGUACACAGUUCAGGGUUAAAGGUCUUUUGGGAGGCUCCGUGGUGACUCUGGGAUUAAAAAUGGCUGGGUGGAUUAUCUAAGCGGAGAGGUGACAGAAACGGAGACGUAGAUGGAGGUGAUGACGAUGAUGAUGAAGGUCGACGGUGCUCUGCAGAAGGAGAUGGACGAGAGGAAUCUGCGUCCUCGUCUCUGCUACCUGACCAAAGGCGAUCGCGGUUAUGGCUUCCACCUGCACGGAGAACGAGGCAGCGGUGCGCAGUUCAUCCGCAGGAUCGAGGCGGGGUCUCCGGCAGAGCUGGCAGGACUGCGCUCAGGGGACCGCGUGGUGGAGGUGAACGGAGAGAACGUGGAGAACGAGUCACACCAUCAGGUGGUUGAGAAGAUCAUGGAGGUGGAGAACAGGACAAGGCUCUUGGUGGUGGAUCGAGAGACGGACGAGUUUCUGCUUCUCCACUCUCUGCCCUGUACUGAGGACCUGGCGGUGGAGAUGAGCUGCCUCAUCUCACCCCGUGCCUCUUCGUCUUCCCUCGCUUCUUCUACCCUGAGCUUCACCUCGUCCUUUCGCGACUCUCUCACUCCAUCACCAUCAGACUCCAUCGUUUUAUCACCACGAGACACCAUUACUUCAUUAAUGCUGCCCCAAUCCACCUCUUCAUCACCACCUGACUCCAUCAAUCCAUUACCCAAAGACUCCAUCAUUCCAUCACCACAAAUCUCCACUCCAUCGCCAGGAGACUCCAUUAAUCAAGCCCCGUAUGAGGCUAUUACUCAAUCUCCAUCUAACUCCAUCACUCAAUCACCAACUAACCCAAAAAUCCAAUCCCCCUUUGACUCCAUCACACAUUCACCAUCUGACUCCAUUACUACUCCUUUCAUCCGAGAAAAAUCAGAUGACACCCAUGGAAUGGAAGACACCGGCAACACCAACAACCAGAAGAGUUCAGGAAAAGAGGACAUGGUGAUGCGUGACCUGAGGCCGCGGCUGUGUUACAUCGUUAAGGACGAGCAGGGUUUUGGCUUUAACCUUCACUGUGAUAAGCGCCGUGUGGGUCAGUUCAUCCGCUCAGUUGACCCGGAUUCACCUGCACAGAGAGCCGGACUACAUCCUGGAGACAGACUCGUCCAGGUGAACGGCAGAAGUAUCGAGGGUCUGAGGCACUCAGAGGUGGUGAAGAUAAUCCGAGGAGGAGGAAGACAGACCAGACUGCUGGUGGUGGAUCAGGAAACGGACGAGCUGUUUGACAAACUCGGCAUCACGCCGACCACGGCGCACCUCAAUGAGGACUGUGUGGAUGGUCCAAUCGUACAGAGUCCGACCUCAACCUGUCCAGUCAAAGACAGCUCUGAGUCUCCAUCAGUAAUCCGCAGUGACUCGUUGGGCCAACCGCCAAUCAAAACCCUCGCUGAGACAGAUCCACCAAUCAGAAACGAGUCUCUGAAGCAGCAGAAUCAUGGACGCUGCGUCUCCUCCAGGUCUAUCGCUUCAGACACGAGCAUGGAGUUGAGCAGCUCUGAUACCAGCAACAUGAUAACAGAUAUGGUGCAGGGGGAGUGUACCAGUGCCCCUGCUGUGCAGGAGGUAAAGUUGGUCAAGAAUUUGGACCCGCUGUGGGCGAGCGGCCUAAAUCUGAGCCCCACGGCGGCUGAGGCCAGGCAGAAGGUAAUUUUGAAGAAGGGUAACAAGAGAGCACCCCCUAUGGCCUGGAACAAGAAAUACGAGAUCUUCUGCAACUUCUGAACUGUUCAGCAAAAAAAAACAAAAAAAAAAAAAUGGAUGAAACAUGUGACCCUGGAACACGGAUGAAGGAAACCAGAACACUCCUGAUUCAGCUUCCUGGCCUCUAUGUUUCUAAAAAUAGCAACAUCUCAGGAAAAAAACAGGGAUGACCAUACCAUGCCACUGUGGUUACAACACUCAGGACCGGUAAAGAGAGACAGAUGAAGUGAUAGAGUGAAGGUGAAGAAGUGAAAGUUAAAGGCUGAGGUUGGAAAGUGAAGUUGAAAGGAAGAGAAAGAGGAAGAGAGAGACACAGGAGAGAGAGAGAGAGGGAGAGGGAGAGAGAGAAAGAUGGCUUAAUCUGUACGUAUAUCUGAAUCUAGCAAACAACCAGGGUUAAAAUAAUUGUUAGCAUUGGAGAAACUGCUUUAAAAAUGGCUGCCUAUAUAUGUAAAAAAGGCUGCCUAAUGAAACAAAUGUUUUAAUGAACGUGAGAAAACUAACCACAGCCUCAUCUUUUCUGACUGAACCAUUAUGGUCAUUAUCCCUCCUAUUUUACCACGUAAUCGAAAAUAUAUGAAGUAUUUAGGAACGACUAAUACGUUAACGUUUCUUUAUCUAGAUUUUAGAUACUAAUUUAUUAAGCGCUGGAAUCGUUUUGCUAAAUAGCGUGAUUCACACUCGAGUACGCGUCAGACGGUUUAAACAGUGAAACCGAAUUCAUCUAAAAACCUGGAUAUUAUUGUGCGAUUUUAAGGAACGUUUCAGUGUGAACCGGCGAAACAACAGCGCGCUAACGAGCUACACAGUAAUAUAUAUCACAAUAUUACAAAAAAUUAGCAUGAUAUAUAUAUAUUCCGAUACUUUUAAAUACCAGAGUGAAAUAUUCUAGUACUAACAGUUUUAGGAGGAAAAUUCAAGUCUGUGAAGUGAUGAGGCUCCGAAAUAGUUUAGAAAUUCUGAAACAUUAUCUUUUGUCAUGUGCAGUACGUUUUCAUUUUUAAACAACUUGACUAAAAGAAAUUAUUUUCAUGUCAUGUUUUCCAUACAACUUUUUAUAUUUUUCAAAUAAAUAUAUAUUCAAAUGUUUCUAUA